CAAAUUACAAUGAGCUCGAAAAUCUUGUUCAGCCUUAUGUUGGCAAUACUCAUUAUAAGCAACUCUAUAAUCCCACAACAAGCUCUGGAAGUACCUGAAAUGAUGAAAAAGCAUGUGCAAAAAAUGCACGCACGCUGUCUAAAACAAACCGGCACCACUGAAGAAAUCAUCAAUCAAGGACAUCAAACCGAGACCUUGCCUGAUGACCCAUCCUUCAAAUGUUUUUUGCACUGUAUGCUCGAAAGAUUUGGAUUGAUUGACAGUGAGAAUGUGAUGCAUUUGGAAUCUCUGUUGGAAGUUCUACCAGAGGAUGUGCAUGCCAAAAUUCAGGGGCUGGUCGAUGCAUGCGGCACGAAAAAGGGUGCCGACGGCUGCGAUACUGCCUUUCAAACAGUAAAAUGUUAUAUACAAACUGACAGGCCUUUCAUCAAGAGCGCUGUGGACGAUCUGUUGGGCUAACGCCUCACUUACUUGUACGAAUCACGAUCCACAAUACCCUGCAAAAGCAAGCAACGCAAAAUCCGCAAGGCUUCCAGCUGAACGCGUAUCAAUUUUCCCUACAAUUUGAAAAGAAAGUAAGCUUUCAUUUAAAUUGUAUGGAAAUAAAUAAAUUAAUAAUACGUAUACCUUAAUGUCCUCCCGAUAGAAUAAAUAGUUUUGGAGUCUUUCAAUAA